AUGCCAGUUUGGAAGUUGCAGCUACCGAACUCUGGCAUUCGAGGCUUGCAGGACUUCUAUGAAUCGCAAAGACGAAGUUCUCGUGCACCAUUUGUCCAUGACCGUAUCUUUCACGCUUUUAUCGACCUUUACUUCGAGCAUUUCGAUCCUCAAUUCCCUUUUCUGCAUCCACAUCGUCUAAACGUUGACGAAGUACCUUGGAUCUUGCUACUGGCAGUAGCUGCCGUCGGGAGCCAUUAUUCCGAGAUGACUGAUGCUCAGAGAUAUAAUCUGACGCUUGUUGACCUCCUUUGCCGGGCAGUAGAGUCAAAGGUCUCUAAGGAUGUCCUACAGACAGAUCUUGUUGUCAUUCAAUCUAUAAUGCUUCUUCACAUCCUUCUUAUGUUUUCUGGCUCUUAUAGAGAGAGGGUUAUUCUGCAGCAUAAACGAAGUAUGUUGAUAAACCUUUGCUGGGAUCUGCUGAGCAAAGCACGACCGCAAAGAAGAGUUGCCAUUGAUAAUCCCGACAUAGAAGCCGAGUGGCAAUCUUGGCUUUCCAGAGAGGAAGAGAUACGUCUGUUGACUUGCGUGAGAGUCAUCGAGUGUCUAUGCUCUCUUUCCCUCGAAAUUCCCACGAACUUCAAUCUCCGUGAUGCCACGCGUCAACUUCCAUCACCGGAAGAUCUUUGGCGGUGCAAAGAUGCACAGAGUUGGAAGCACGCCUAUCAGACUUUACCAGCCUCUUACGCUGAGCAAAAACGAACGUCUUCUCCAGAGCACUGGCCUAGAACGAUGCUGAGGUCCGAUGCAUUCACUUGUAGGGCUGCACUCUUAGAGCUGCUCAUCGAUGAAGCAACAGUGGCUCGACAGUUGUAUUCCUCCCGACUAUUCAGAUCCUCAGUCGCCUCCUAUCUGCAAAUCCCAAAUACAGGCAUGGGUCACGGCACAUCGUCGCCUCCAUUAGCAGAUUUUGAGUUUAUGAGAGGCGACAAUACCCUUCUCGACACCUCGGUCGACUUACUAUCGUACGCUACUCUAGAAGGCUCAUCAAUCGGCCCGCAUCACCAGAUAGAGACCAUCUUUCACGUUUUGGCUAUCUUGAGACGCGUCUCCUUAGAGAUUCUUAACACAGCGACAGGAUGGAAGACAACCAAAGAGAACAUGCACCGGGCUAGGAGAAAAUUUGUGGACUUUUGUCAACAAAACACCGUGCAAGCUCGCAGAUGCUUAUGGCACGCGACAUGCAUCUUCAAGAAGACGCGCAGUUCGCGGAAGCUGGCCUGCUACGACGUGUACAGUAUACUGAUCUGUACCACUUACAUCUACUGCUACUGCUCAUUCUUCAUAUCCGAAACGUCAGCAUCCCGUCAGACUACGUUGAUGAGCCAGAGGAGAGCCUCUGAAAAGGAUUCACCACCAACUGUUGUGCGAUUAGAUCAGCUGAGAGACCGGUCUAGUAUCGAGCGAUGGAUCCAGAGCGCUGAAGAACAUCACUUGAUUCAUUUGACGGGAGUUGGGCUAUUGAAAGGGUCUGACGAUGCUGUUAGAUUUCUUCGGGAUAUUGAAAGGACCCUCGAGUCCCAAAUUGCGUGGCGAGGGAUAUGUUGUGCUUUUGCCACAACCUUUGCUCAGGUCAGGCGUGGGGAAAUGCCUACCGAGUCCCAAGAAGACAAUCCUGAAGAGGACGGUACCUCGUCAUAA